AAUUCUAGGUACUUUCCAUUUGUCAAUUCGGUUGGUAUCAGUGCAAGAUGGCGUCCGAUAAACCCGGGAUCGUUGAACAAGAGCAAGAGGAUCAGGUUUUAUCCGACGAGCUCGUUGAGAGCCUAAUGAGUAUGGAAAAUUUAGACAGGCCUUCUCCAGAACUGUGGCCUGAAAAAAUUCCAGGUAUAAGAGAUUUCAUUAGUAACUUCCAGAGUACGCCUCAGAGUGUUUCAAAAUCCCCUUAUUCUAGGGAACUAACGCCUGAAGAUCAAAAUUAUUUACAUCAAUUAGCAUCUUUGUCUACUGCAGGAUUAAUAUCCAAAGUUAAAGAAUUACAUGACAUCACUUACCAACUGGGUGUUGAAGAAUCAAGGGAGGUCACCAGAGGAAAAUACUUAAAUUUAUUCAACAAACCAAAGAAUAAUACUUAAUUAAAAGCCUGGGACUUGUGCUCUGUGAUUUUGUAAAGUGUGACUUUUCAUUGUACAAAACUAUAGUAUGUCUUUAUAUUGUUAAAAUGAACAGAAUUGUACAUGAUAUUUUUGAUUAAAUAUUCUGUACUUGUUCAUUGUAUUUAUGUAAAUAAAUAUUUGAAAUAAAAUAGCAAUUGUUCUCAAAUUA